AUGAUGAUGAUACAACAUCGGAAUUACAACAAAAGGCUCGUCUCUUUGGUCCUACGAGUUAGUAUCUAUACCAUCCUAUUCGUCGUGAAUGCACUCCUUCUCGUGUAUCCAACCUGGUAUUUCGUGGAUUUCCUUUCUUCCAAAAUUUCCAUUUCCCAAUCCAUCGUCUCGCAUGGACAAAAGAUUAGAGAUUUAGAAUACAAGCCACCCACACCAUUACCAUCCAAUGUGGAUCAACAUUACUUUAAGAUACCAGACCCUUUUAGAAAUCAUUUUCAGAAUGUGAACGUUACAAUACCUUGUGAAUCAUCCAUGAUGCUUUUUUCAUUCAGUGCCAAUGCUUCGAUGGAUGUUUUAAUUUUCAGACGAUUUGAAAUGUUUGAGGCAUAUAUGAAUUUGUCAAGUCCAAGUCACUUGCUGUAUUUGAAUGACACCACAUUGUCUCUGUUAAGAGAAUAUCCAUUGGACAGGAGUACCAUCAUGAUAUCUGACAAUUCAUUUGCGAGUCGUUUCUUUUCAACAAAAGUUCAUAACAGCAACACUUCUAUGGUCAAUAAUGACACUGAAACAUGCAACCAUGGAAGUUUUGAAAUUUAUCUCGUAUUUAGAAAAUUAAUAACUCAGCAAGAAUAUAUUUCUAUUGAUUUUUGGUAUUGGUUAGAGUAUCAAGACAAUCGAGGAUUUCUUAAAUUUAACGUGACAAUACUAUGCAUAUUCUUCAUGAUAAUCUUUAACACUAUUUAUUUAUUGAAUGUCAAAUCAUUUUUACAAUUUUUAAUGCCUGCUUUAUUUAGAGGAGAGACGAAUACUAUCAGCACAUUCUCUGAACGGCUAAAACGAUUUUUACCACUCGAGACAUGUCUGUGCUGUGGUUGUUGUUCACAACAUUUAAGAAAACCACAGAGUCAAGUGCGAAAUUUCUACGAUCGUAUGCAUUCCAUUUCAAGCAGUUCAGUGAAUGAUGAUGAAGACUCUCUCAACAAACUUUCUCCAAGAGCAGAAACCAUUUCAUUUCGUGACUUGGCUUUUACUUCCUUCACAGGUAAGGAAAUAUUACAUCCCAUUAGUGGUGAUAUUACUCCUGGACGUCUUACUGCCAUUGUGGGAAAGAGUGGUAGUGGCAAGUCCACAUUUAUCAAUACUCUCUGUCGAAGAGCGAGUCAUGGAUUGCAGAGUGGAAAGGUUUUUGUUUCCAAUAAGGAAAUUACUCGAGAGACAUCUAAAAUGAUUGGAUUUGUACCUCAAGAUGACAUUAUUGCCAGUAAUAUCACUGUGAGAGAAGCUCUCGAGUUUAGUUUACGUUAUCGAAAACGCAGACAAUUUUCUCCACAACACAUUAUUGAUACUCUCGGAAAGUUGGGACUUCUUCAUGUGCAGCAUUCAUUGGUUUCUGAAAUUAGUGGAGGUGAGAGAAGAAGAACAUCGAUUGGCAUUGAAAUUGUCAAUGAUACUCCAAUACUCAUAUUGGAUGAACCGACCUCUGGAUUAGACUCAGAGACAUCUCUCAGUCUUGCUCUCACUCUUCGAUCAUUGGCAGAAGACAACCACUUGACCAUUAUUUGCGUGAUUCAUCAGCCCUCUGCCGAAGUCUUUCAACAAUUUCACAACAUGAUACUCUUUUCAGAUGGGCAAUUGCUACUGCAUGCUCCAGUGGAUUGUGUCAUUGAAACACUGAAAGAGAAAAUUCCUGCACAUGAGAUUCGAUUAAAUCCAGCAGAUGAAAUUUUGAGAACCUUAAUUGAACCUAUUAAGGGAACUCCUAUCCUUAGAGCUAUUCAGAAAAAACAAGAAGAGAAAAAUCACACCUGUUGUGGAAUUUGCUACUACAAGUAA